AUGACUCCCAAGGAAGGAACUGGCUUCACGCCAUUCCAUUUAGUAUAUGGAGGAGAGGCGGUCGCCCCAGUCGAGGUCGGGAUUGAGUCCGAUCGGGUGCUUCACUACAACGGAGAAAACGGGGGAAGGCGAUGGAUGGAGCUUGACAUGGUUGACGAAACGCGCGACAAAGCGAUCGCCCGGCUAACAGCUUACAGACAAAGGAUGCGGCAAAACUAUAAUCGUCGGGUAAUCCCCAGAUCUUUCCAGGUGGGCGACCUAGUCUGGAAAAGGGUCAAGCCGGUCGGGGACGUCAAAAAGCUUGAAGCUCCAUGGACGGGUCCAUUCAAAGUCAUAGAAAAGCUGCGGUCGGGUGCAUACUACUUGGAGGACGCGGAGGGAAGGAGGCUGGAUAGACCGUGGAGCGCAAAUCACCUCCAACCUUACAGAGCCGGAUGA